AAACCCGCAAAAUAAGAACAAAAAGCAAUAAAAAGAAGGAACCGUCCCAGGGUGAAGACGGUCCGUAGUGCCGCAGGAAGAUAAACAUAGAGGACCUUACGAGGGUCAUGAGGUCACUGAGGCGCCUUCUACACCAGCAAUGGGCUCGAGGCUGAGAGAGAACCCGCGCCGCCUUCUGGAAUGCUGGUGCGAGGUGGUGGGGCCGCAGGAGGCUGGCGGGGGCACUACAGGGGGCGGGCGGCCUCCGUGGAUAUCCCAGAAGUUCCCUUCCUCGUAUGCCAAUGAGGAGAUUCUGAAGAGUGUCCCGCAGUUUGCCUUCCCCUGCGCUUUUGAUAACUCCACCAUCCAACACUUCUCCUUCGUGCUGACAAGCCUGGACUCAAAGUGGACGUACGGGUUUUGUAGACAUGCCCCGGGAGCCCAGACUGCCAUGGUGCUUCUCUCCCAUCUACCCUGGCACGAGACCUUCUACAAACUCCUGAACCACCUAGCGCAGUUGAAAUCCGCGGACCAGACCGGCGACCUCGCAGCCUGCCUCCAGAGUGUGUACCGCACCCCCGUCCCUCCGGCAGGCUCGGAGCUCACCAUACCCUAUGACACCAACAAGUUCUUCGUGGGCCAGUGUCCGAAUCAUCACAAGCUGCCUACAAUACCUGAAAAUCGCAACCUUCUCGAGUAUUACAAUGCCGUGGAUGUUGACAAUAUGGUCGCAAUCUUCGCCUCCAUGCUGUACGAGAGACGGAUCAUUGUCACCUCGCGUCGAGUGUCCCGGCUCUCAGCGUGUGUCCAGGCCGCCAACCUCCUCCUCUACCCUAUGCAGUGGCAGCACAUCUUCAUCCCUGUCCUGCCGCAGCAUCUCACCGACUACCUCCUCGCCCCCAUGCCCUUCCUCAUUGGGGUCGGAACUUGUCUGCUGGCGAAGGUACAAAUGGAUGACGUCGGCGAGGCGGUCAUCCUCGACGCGGACGCCAAUACGGUCACCACGCCAUUCGCCGACGCCGCCAGCCUACCCCCAGAGGUCACCAGCACCCUGAGACGAAACCUCCGCUCGGCGCACAACACGAUAGGCGACGGGGUGGCCAGGGCGUUCCUCAGGGCCCUCGUCCAGCUCAUCGGGAACUACAAGGAGGCGCUGCAGUUCCGGGAGGACGACAAGAGGAUAACAUUCAACAGGGAGAGGUUCGUCGCGUUACGUCCGCCGCCGCUGCAAGCCUUCGCCGAGAAAAUGCUCCAGCUGCAAAUCUUCCAGCAGUUCAUCGAGGAGCGGCUGGAGCGUCUCAACUCGGGGCGGCAGACCUCGGAUGACUUCGAACUUGAGGUCAACGUACUGGGGGAGCGCGGCGGGUCAAAGGUCAAACAGCAGUAUCGGCAGUUCGUGACCAGCGUGAGGAAGGACGGAGGUGCUAUCAUUAAGACCAUGAAGAGCAAGAGUCCUUUUAAACACCUGAGAGGGAAUGAGGCGCCCGUCACGAAGGGCGGUAAGCAGGUUAAGGAGAAAGGGAGACAGACGUACAAGGAAUUUCGGGGCAGACUCAAAGACCUCCAGCAGCUGAGAGAUGACGGCAGGCCUACCACAUGGGUGAAUGGUGACGGGGCGCAGAAGAAGCCCCGGUCUGCCCCGACGUCCCCGACAGUCCCCCGGCGGCCCCGAAGCGUUCUUGGUCCGGGGUACAAGGUCAAGACCACUUACAAGAGAUCAACACAGGGGACCCCAAGGGAGGAUAGCCGAGCGAGGAAGUAUGACCUGAUUGAGGGGGGCAGCGGCCUGAUGUCACCCGCCUCCACGGACAGCCUCAGUACCCCAUCGCCGCAGGGACUGGACCUUAUGGGAGAAAUGGAGGAAAUUAUACGAGCGCGACUGGAACAGAGAGGCGAGGAGGAGGAGGAGGAGGAAGACGAGGAAGACGAAGAUGGAGAGGAGGAGGAGGAAGAAGAGGAAGAUGACGGACUAGAAGACAGCACGAGUAGAAGUACUAGCAACAGCAGCAGCACCUCGAACAGCACCCGAAAUAGCAUUAAGAAAAAUAGCACCCAGUAUCUCUCUAGUCUUCCUCCUCUGCCUGCUCCUGCUGCGGCCUCUCCUGCUGAGCCUUCUGCUGCCGCUACUGGUGCUCCCCCGCCCCCUCAUGCUGCGGUGUCCUCUUCCCUAGCGAAUAAGAAGCAGCUCAGUGCAAGCCUCACAUCCCUCCCUCUCAUUGACCUUUCCCUCGACAUCGAACUCCCUCCCCCCAUCAUCACACACUUCGACUUUCCCAUCACUUUUAACGAGGACGAGGGGGUUGAAGGGACGCCUGGACGCCACGACAACACCCCCAAGGCCUCCCCGCAGCGCUACCGAUCCCCGAGACUCCCGCCCCAGCAGCUCAGAGGCGGGAAACAGCGAGGACGUCCGGGGCGCGAGAGGGCCGGAUCGCGACACCAGGAACGGAACGAACAGAGCAAAAAGACCCCAGGCAUGCUCACCCGUCCCUCCUCGUCCUCUGCCACCCCCACCAACACCACCCUCACCUCUGUCUCGUCUCACCACAAACCUCACCACCGAAUUUUCCACUCCCUUCCGCGCACUUCCUCCCCCUCCCCACGCCACCGCCCAGCACCCCAGCCCCCCGUGUUGCAUCCCAAGCCACCCCAUAGCUCCCGGCCGGCCCCGCAGCCCCCUGAUAUCCCGCGGUACAAGGCCAGUAAGGCAUUUUCGGCAUCGCUCUCGAAGUUUAGCGGCCGUGGGGGGACGUCAGGGUACUUCUAUUCCAAGCUGGCGCAGUCGCUCGAUCAGGUUACCCCGCAGGCUGAGUUUGAGGCGUACGAAAGCCGUGAUGCCCCCCCUCCCCCUCCGGCCUUUGCCUCCUCCUCCUCCUCCUUCCAUGACUACUCCUCCUCCUCCUCUUCCUACUGCUAUUUUCCGCCGUCCGCGUUCACCGACAGGGACCAAGGGCUUACGGCUACCUCCCCGUAUUCCUCCUCCUUCCCUCCCUCCUCCUCCUUCCCCCCCGCCUCUCCACCCCAGCCAGGCUUCGCAGGGUCCUUCCUCUUCUUCUCCUCCGCUUCCGUUUCCUCCCCGACCGAUAUUAUGACCAUGAGCCUUCCUGCUAUCCUCCCCGCUCCCUCCCCCUCCCCCUCCCCGCCCCCCAUUCAGAGACCCCCGCCCCCUGCCUUGCAUACUGGCACCCGCGCUCGGAAGCCCCCCGCCCCGCUGCCCCCGCCCCCCGCCCACCCCAGCCGCCGCAGCAGGACCCCAAGCCCCGCCCCGCCCCAUGGGGAGAGGGGGAGAGGGGAGGAGGAAGGCGGCUCAUCACAGGACCUGAUCUUCCUUGAAUCUCCACAAGAAGAGAUUUUCGACCCCCUGCUACGGAAGGACAUCCCCGGCCGAGCCUCCACGACCACCCCCAAGACAUCUGGUGCUUAUAAACCCACAUACUCCUCCUCUCUCCCCCGAUGGCCUCCCCCCGCCCGCCCACCCAGCCACCCUCCUCCCUCGGUCCCACCACAUAGUCGGAACACCAUCACUGCCUCUAACACUGCCACGAAGUCUUCAAUGGUGCUUGGUGGGGGAGCAGACAGAGCUCACCCCCCCUUCCGCCCCUCCAACGCGCCCCCCGCUGCCCCCUUCCGCCCACUCUCCACCCUCCAGACCAGCAUGGGGACACCAGUGGGCUGCCAGAACCCUCUAUAUAAUGCCCACCAGCCCCAGCGCCCCUCCACCACCCGGGCCGGCAGUGCAGCGGCUGCCUUCGCCACCAGCCUGUUGGGGGGUGACGAGCCGCCCCAUCCUGCCCCAAGCCCCACCCCGGGACCAUAUGUACAGUUCCAGCCUCCCCUGGCCAUCCCUGCCUCCGGCCCGGCCCAGGCUCCCCCCCAGCGCCCUGCAAGACUCUCACAAAAGGAUCUGUUGGGGGACUUCUCAAAGGAUUUCCAGAAGUUGAGUUUGAACACUAAAGUGACGGCCCCCUCGCCACAGUCCGCCGCCGCCGCUGCAAACAAUAACAACGCGACGGUGAACAACAACAACAAGACCAUAACAGACUCUAAGGAGAACACUUGGGCAACCUUCGACUGAUGACUGACUGGUUGUAUGGUCGAGUGAGUGACUGGUUGUGUGGUUGAAUGACCGACAAACUGGAUGGUUGUGUGGUUGAAUGACCGACGAACUGGAUGGUUGUGUGGCUGAGUGACGGACUUGUUGAUGUCAUAACCUGGCACGGAAAAUCUUAUAGGGAGUGAAUCACAGACUUGGUAUCAAUCUUUUCCUUUCAUUGUGUAUGUGUGUGUGUGAGGACUGUCUCUGGUCCGCUCAUUGGCCUGCUCUAAACUUUUCUAAUGUACAUCAAAUAAGAGAGAGAGAGAGAGAGAGAGAGAGAUGAUGAUGAUGAUGACAAGUUCGUGAGUCCCCCCUUAAGGAAUUUCCACACCAGGUUAUGUGACAGUGACUAUAGCAAGCUGGUUGGUUGGUUGUGUGGUUGAGGAGGAGGAGAGAAAAGAAAAGAAGAAAGGAAGGAAGAGACAGAAAAAGAGGAGGAGGAGGAAAAAGAAUGAAACUUCACUAACUGACUGACUUGCUUGAAGACCUAACCAAAUCCUGUUCCACCACACUGUUCACUGCCCUGGUACACACACACACACACACACACACACACACACACCUUCUCUCUCUCCUCAUUCUCUCCAUUCUCCCUCCUCUUCCUCUUCUUGAUUUCCACUCUCUCCCUCCUCUUCCUCUCCUCCUCCUCCUUCAUCUCCUUUCCCUUCUCCAGUCUUGAUUCUUUCCUUCCCUUCUCUUUUCCUCCUUUCCUUCUCCUUCCCAUCCUUAACCUUCCUUUCCUUUCCCUCCUUCAACUUAACCCUACCUCCUCUAUCCCAUUUCUCUCCUUUCCUUUUCCUUCCCAUCCUCAACCUUCCUUUCCUUUCCCUCCUUCAACUUAACCCUCACGACCACCCAACCCAUAGCACUUAUAAGCAAAAACAGCACAUUCUGGUGCACAUAGAAGGAGAGUCUAGUUCCGUACCGACCUAUUUAUUGUUGUUUCUCGUAUUUUAAGCGUUUUUUUCCUGUCGCUGACGUCUCUUAAGAUCGGUGCAAAGGAGGAUUACGUAGAGGAAUUGUGGCUUGAAUGGAAGGAGAGAGAGAGAGAGAGAGAGAGAGAGAGAGAGAUGUGUUAUGGAGUGAAUGUAUGAAUGGAAGGAACGGUGAAGGAGGAGGAGGUAUUAGAGGUUGAUGAAGAAUGUAAGGAAUGAAUAUAUUGAAAAAACAGUUGAGAGGAAAGAUUAAAAAGAAGGAAGCAUUUGUUGGCAAGGAAAGGGAAAGGAAGGAGGGACGAAGGAAUAGAAGAAGGAAUUAGAAGUUGAAGAAGAAGAAUUGAAGGAAAGACAAUAUAGAAAAAAACUGUUGAAAAAGGAGAGAUUGAAAAGAGAGAAGAAAGAAAUUGUAGGCAAGGAAAAUGGAAGGAAAAGGAGGAAAACAAGGAAGAAGAGGUAGAGGUUGAAAAGAAGAA